AUGGAUCUGAAGAUGUUUCUACUCUUCAUUACAUUUCUGCUUCAUACUGCCCUGGGCUUCCCUAUUCAGGAGGAUUACGAAAACAGCACAACAACAGAAGCUACUGAGGUUACUACACAAGAGGAUAUAUAUGAAUCUCCAUCACCUACAGAGACGGACUUCGAGGAUGAAGUUAUUUUUAACAAAAUUCUGACAAUUAACAAAGACAGCUCUCAGUUCUUGCAAGAAGGUGACAUAGCUCCACGAAGGAGUCGCAGUGCGUUCAACUGUCGCCAGUGCAAUUGGCCCCAGUCCAGUGAUGGCAUUGUUCGUGUUCCCUAUGUCUUGGAUCCUACUUAUGAGGAGAGCCACAUAAAUGGGAUUCAUGAAGCCAUGGCAGAGUUUGAAGCACUGACUUGUAUUAAUUUUGUGAACCGCCAGACAGAACGUGACUACCUCAGCAUUAAAUCUGCAGACGGAUGCUGGUCUAACUAUGGGAAAGUAGGAGGUGGACAGACUGUCUCUGUGAUGAAAGGAGGCUGCAUGUGGAAAGGAAUAAUUCAACAUGAACUGAACCAUGCUCUGGGCUUUUUGCAUGAACAUUCUCGAAGUGACAGGGAUAAGCAUGUAAAGAUCAUGUGGGAGUACAUCAAUCCGUCUGACAGAUCAGACUUCAGGAAAUUUGAAAACUCCAGGAACCUGGAUCUUCCAUAUGACUAUUCCUCAGUAAUGCACUAUGGCCCAUACACAUUCUCCAAUACCACUGGGAAAGCAACAAUUGUACCAAUUCCUGAUGAAUCAGUACAUAUUGGACAGAGGCAGGGGCUGAGCAACUUGGAUGUGGCCAAAAUCAACAAACUUUACAACUGCAGUCGCUGCAGCACUAUUCUUGAUGCAGCAUUUGGGUCACUGAGAUCUGCCAACCACCCAAGAAAUUACUCAGAUAACACCAACUGUGUCUGGCUCCUCCGAACCCGAUCCGGAAAGGUUUCCUUGUACUUUCAAGCCUUUGAGCUGCAGAAAACCAGAGGAUGUCAGGGUGAUUAUGUUAAAGUUUAUGAUGGAUCCAGCAAGUCUUCUGCAGUUCUCAUGGACAAGACCUGUGGAUCAAAGAUACCUAAUGGCAUAGUUGCUACUAGUAAUCUUAUGCUUGUAGAGUUUGUCACAGAUGGUGCUGAUACAGCUUCUGGUUUCCAAGCCAUCUUUACCACUGGUAAGUCUGAGAACAAGGAGAAUGGCAAAGAAAAACAACCUAUAUCAAAUCAACCUCCUUCUUCACAGAGGAAAAACAUUGUUUGA